AUGAGCCAAACCAACCAGACCUGGGUGACAGAAUUCUUCCUAUUGGGACUUUCUGAUGACCCUAAGACACAACUGAUACUCUUUACAUUGUUCCUGGCAGUCUACUUGGGUACCAUACUUGGAAACCUGCUCCUCACAUCCUUGGUUAUGCUUGACUCACAGCUCCAUACACCCAUGUAUUUUUUCCUAUGUAAUUUAUCUCUGGCUGAUCUCUGCUUCUCAACUACCAUUGUUCCCCAAACCUUAAUCCACAUGUUAUCUAGAAGAAAAUUAAUCUCUUUCACAGGCUGUGCUGUUCAACUUCUCCUCAUCCUGUUUUUUGGAUGUACACAGUGUUCCCUGUUAGCUGUGAUGUCUUAUGAUCGGUACCUGGCAAUCUGUGACCCAAUGCACUACCCCCUCAUCAUGACAUGGAGGGUGUGUGGCCUCCUGGCUUUAGCAUGCUGGUCAAGUGGUGUUUUAGUAUCAAUGGUCGACACUACAUUCACAUUGCGCCUUCCUUACCAAGGAGACAAUAGAAUUGCUCAUUUUAUUUGUGAACCCCCAGCACUUCUGGUUGUGGCAUCUACAGACACACAUAGUUCAGAAAUGGCCAUUUUUCUGAUGGGUGUGGUGAUUCUUCUUGCACCUGUGUCCCUGAUUAUGAUCUCAUAUGUUUGUAUCAUUGUGUCUGUGGUCAAGAUGAAGACAGCCUCAGGGAGACUCAAGGCAUUCUCUACCUGUGGCUCCCACCUCAUUGUGGUCAUCAUUUUUUAUGGAUCAGCAAUUAUCAACUACAUGACACCUAAGUCUGCCAAGGAACUAGGCAAAAUGGUAUCUGUGUUCUACGCAGUGAUAAACCCUAUGCUCAAUCCCCUCAUAUAUAGCCUGAGGAACAAGGAUGUAAAGAGGGCAUUCAGAAACACUGUAAAUAGUAAACUGUUGUGCAGAACCUGA